UUGACUUACUAGCCUAGCAUCCUAACUGAUGACUGUUGUUGUUUGUAGGUAUAUUGAAUACAUGUGUGAUAUGCUGGCAGAAGAGCCCAUAAUCCCCCACAGCAAGCCUAUUACCAUCCGCUCCGUCACCAUGACUCCCGUACCACUCUUUAAUAAGCAGCGAAACGGCUGUCGGCCGUUCUGUGAGGUUUACGUCGGUGACGAGCGAGUCGCAACCACUUCACAGGAAUAUGACAGAAUGAAGGAUUUUAAGAUGGAGGACGGGCGAGCGGAGAUUCCUCUGAAUAUAACUGUGCAGGGAGACGUGCUGAUAGUGAUUUAUCACUCACGCUCAACACUGGGCGGACGCCUGCAGGCCAAAAUGGCUUCCAUGAAGGUGUUUCAGAUUCAAUUCCAUACUGGGUUUGUGCCCAGAAACGCCUCCACUGUCAAAUUUGCAAAGUAUGAUCUCGAUGCGUGCGACAUCCAAGAGAAAUACCCCGACCUCUUCCAGGUACAUGUAAAUGUGGAGGUGGAGCCUCAGGAUCGCCCUAGCAACAAGGCUCCGCCUUGGGAAAAUUUUGCCACGAAAGGACUAAAUCCCAAGAUCCUUUUCUCCAGCCGAGAUGAACAGCAAGAGAUCCUGACAAAAUUUGGUAAACCAGAGCUUCCACGUCAGCCUGGUUCAACAGCCUGUUACACCUCUGAACCGACCCAGCCGGAGCAUUCGCCUGAAGGGCCACAGACCGAGCAGGAUUCCCCUUCUCCUCAAAGCACAGACACCAAUGCCAACAACUUCUUCCAGAUGCUUGACUGGGAAGAUGGCAGUCAGCAGGUCGAACAUUCUGAUAGUCAAUUGGAGGACCAGGAUGAUUUGAGUGGCGGAUCGGAGGAGGAGUCAGUGUCUUACUCCGCUUCCGUUGAUGGGACUCUGUCACGUGACAUCAGCGAACCGCUCUUCGAGGCAGACUUCACAACCACUCCACCUGACCCUCAGCCCGACACAGAGGACCUACUCGGCCUGAACUCUGACCCCUGUCCCCCAGCCGCCGCCACUCAGCCGGGUCUUGCUAAUGAGACGGGUUUGAAAAGUUCUGCCAGUAACAGUGAUUUACUGAACGACCUGUUCGCCCCUACACCCAAUGCUGUGCCUUCAGCUAAUGCAGAAGACCUGAUGGGAGAAGGUACAGGAGAAGAUCUGUUCUUCUCCAGCACAUCCAGCCAACCGGCACCAGCCACUAAUAAAGACUUCUUUGACCCCUUCGGUGUGGGGUCAGCCUCUGCAGGGUCCGAUCUGUUUGGUGACCUCCUGGGGUCAGACAGUGCUAGUAGUGGGUUCAAAGCUCCGCCUCCUGCAUCCAACUCCAGCCUCUUUAACCUAACAAACUUCGGGGUGUCUGAAAAUGUUUUGCCAGAUAAGUUAUCAAGCGAGACUCCGAAGAUGACCUCAUCAGCGAGUCAGCCUGAUCUGUUAGGUGGCUGGGAAAACUGGACCACAGGAGGAACCAGCACGACUAGUAACAUGACCACUGCUGCCAGCAAACCUACUAUGAGUGCCUCAGGAGUCUCAUCUUUCUCCAAGGCCAAAUCUCAAAGCUUUGACCCCUUCGCAGACCUGGGUAACCUGGGCUCAACACUGCCUGGCUCGGCCAGUACUGGUUUCUCUGGCUCAGGUUUAAAAAUGGCGCCCUCUGCAGUAGGCCCUAAGAACUCAGGUCAGCAGUGGCAGCAGGCUCCUCGGCCCUCCUCUGGCCCCAGCAAACCCUGGAUGCCUCCAAGCUCGGCACCCAGAACGCAAACCCAGCGCUCCAAACCCACCACCCAACCGGCUAAACCAAACUACAAGCCCAGCUUCAGUGUGAUCAGUGGACGAGAAGAGAGGGGGAUCCGUGGGCCAGGCUUUGGUCCAAAGCCCAAAGUGAAAGAAGAUGACUUUGAGGAUCUUCUGUCCACACAAGGUUUUGGCUCCAAAACUGACAAGAAGAUGCCCAGAACUAUUGCUGAGAUGCGGAAGCAGGAGCUGUCUAGAGACAUGGACCCUCUCAAACUUCAGAUCUUAGAUUGGAUCGAGGGGAAGGAGAGGAACAUCAGAGCGCUGCUCUCCACGCUGCACACGGUCUUGUGGGAGGGAGAGACCCGCUGGAGACCCGUCACCAUGGCAGAUCUGGUCACACCUGACCAGGUGAAGAAGGUCUACAGGAAGGCUGUGCUUGUUGUGCACCCAGACAAGGCUACAGGUCAACCAUACGAGCAGUAUGCUAAAAUGAUCUUCAUGGAGCUGAGCGAUGCCUGGUCUGAGUUUGAGAACCAAGGAGCCAAAGCCCUGUUCUGAGCGUGCUCAGUGAGCGUCUGCCAGGAGCGGCGGGCCCCCUACAGGCAGCCUGAGGCACAGCGCUCUCUCCAUACACACAGCUCUGAGAGAGAGAUCAGUCAAGAGGAAGAAAUCAGACCUCUUUCUGCUUGAGGACCUGAACUGUGAUGCGCUCUUCUAAAGAGUGAAACCUGUGGCGCUGGAUUUCUCCUCCUUCAAAAGGGGAACGUGCCAGCAUCCUUUUGCCAUUUGUAGAUGAUUAAAAACCAUGCGCGCACACGCACACACACACACGCAAACACCUGAGACUACAGUCUGUGUCUUGCACUUCAAAAGAGCUCCAAAACAGAUGGUUUCUGGGACGAAGACAAAAUGAUUAUCGCUGAUUUUUUUUUCUUGUCAUUCUAUGCAUCACACUUUUUUCACUUUUUGUUUUUCAAUCAGCGUGGCUUGUCAAUUACUGAUGUAAAUAAUGACUUGACGUGUGUGUGUGUGUGUGUUUGAGGGUGGAUCAUGUUCAUAUAAAGCUAAAGCAGAGGUUUUGACUUCUGUGCUCCACGAUGUGAAGGCUUUUCAUCACUUUCACUUCAGUUUUAUCAUGUUUUCACUGAUCUCUAGUGUUAAUUCUUUCUAGGCACCUCGUGGGAAGAUGUAUUUGUGGGUUCAAUUUCUGCAGUCCAAAGUGUAUUUCAGUGGCCGAAAGCAAACUUAACAUCAACAAAAAGUGUGAGCUUUCCAUAUAUUUUUUUUAUCUAAAGGACCAAUCAGAAAUGUCUGUAUUAUUUAUUGUUUUGAAAGCUGUACAUGGCUAAUCGAUGGAUAUAAAAAGGACUAAAAUAACAAAUUUAUUGCAAACGGUGGAACAAGCAAGCUAAGCAUUUUGCAAAACUAAAAUCAUUCCAAAGCAUCUACUAAUAUGAAUGUGCUUUUUAAGAUUAUUGCUGGAAUGUAAAUCUUUUUUCUUUUUUUUUUCUUCUUCUACCAUUAUCAUAUUUUCCACAAUAUUCUAUUUGAUGUUUCCAUAAUCUCGUAAUAAUGACACUAGAAAGUUUGCACCGGUCCCUCAGGACAUCAGGCCGAAUUCAGUGUCCAAUUGAAAAAAAUAAAAAUGUCUGAUACAACUUAAUAGACAAUGAAGUGAGGGUGGAAAUGAAUGUUGUUUUUAUAUAUAGACCUAAUAGACCUAAAUCAAGGACUGGAUGAAAAUGCUGAUUCGUAAAGACUUGGCAAGUCGAGUUCUGUAACCUGCUGUAUUUCUGCGAUUAUUCAUAUAUGAAGCUUAAGAACUAAACAAAACCAAAGCCUUCAUGUGUGUUACUGGUUUCUGAGAGUUCAUCCAUUAGUUUAGAGCGAAGACGUUUGCUGUUAAAGGGACUGAAGGGCUGGUUCAGAUUGUCAUUUCACCGUUUUGAGUGAUUUUUGAAAGGUUUUGGCUUAUUCACGCUCCACCAAAGUCAUAAACGAUCAUAAAUGUUUCAUCCUGGAAUGUGGCACUGGUGUUCAAAAUUUUUCUUGGUGGUUUAAUUCGUGAAUAAGUUGAACGGGCUCUGAUUGACAUUAAUGACUGAAUUUAGUCUAGAAAUAUAUUGCCUUAUUCUGUGAAUAUAUACUUAUCUUCCCCAAGAACUGAACAAUGCUGCUGCAUUUUGGUGGAGCGUGAAUAUCUUUUAAUAAGACACAUUUUCUCUCUUUUAGCCCACUCAGCUUUCCUUUGGAUGUCAAACUAGUGUUUUUCACCAGCUGUCUCCUGCGAUGGAGAACAAAAUCAUAACACCACGGUCUUAAAGAUAUUUUUGUCAUGUUUUCUUUUCUCAGAUUUUGACCAAUAAACCCUAAUCAUGGUU